GGAACUUACAUCGGGAUGAUAGAUAUAUCGUCUCAUAACCUAGGAUAAAAUGCCUUUGAAUUAAUGACUAUAUGCUCGAGCUAUCACGACGCUUUUUGUAGCGAAUUUCUAAAUUCUGUUCCCUCGUUGCGGCGCUUUGGUUUGCCUGCAGUUCACAGCCUGAGUCGAUCUACCUCAUCCUCAGCCUCACUUACCAUGCAAACAAGAUUUCUCUUCCUAGUGAGGUGAAGAUGGCCCCUUACAAGUAUGCACAGCUAGAAAGGGAAAAUGAAGAGAUCAGACUAUUGAGUCUAAUGCCGGGCGCACGAGAUGACGAUAUCUCCAUACGCAUAUUUCACGUGCCCCUAAUAAUUCCACCCAGACAGACUGGUGAAAUCAAGAGACUCUCACUUGAACAGCUGCAAGAAACCCUUUCGGAUGGUAUGUAUGUUAUGAAGACAAUCGAUGGGCGAUAUAUCUUCAAACACCGCAACGGAAAUGCAAAUUCGUGGGACCAUCCAGAUCCAACCUUUGAUCGUGCCCUUUAUGAUUUACCAAAACACGGAGAUUUUCCGGAGAAUAAACCUCAAUAUGAAGCCCUUUCAUACAUCUGGGGCUCUACAGAGAAUCCAGUCAAAGCACAUGUGCUGGGCGAAACAUCGACAAUGAUACAAAUCGGGACUUCUCUUGCUGUUGCACUUAGACAACUAAGAUACACAGAUAAGCCACGAACACUGUGGAUAGACUCUAUCUGUAUCAAUCAGAGUGACAUUCCCGAGCGAAGCCACGAGAUUGGACGCAUGAGAAAUAUCUUCUCCUUGGCGGAUCGAACCAUUAUCUGGCUUGGCGAAGAAGCGAACGAUAGUACAAGCGCUUUAUUCACCAUUGAGCACUUCGCCGGACAAGUCGAGUAUAUAGGAGGAGGAUUGGUUGCAUAUACCCCUGGAACCAAGUUUUUAGAAUGGAGACACUCAAACCUUCAACUGCCAUACGAUAUCAAAACAUGGUCAUCUAUAAGAGCUCUCUUCCGAAGGCCCUGGUUCAGCCGAGUAUGGGUCUUACAGGAAGCUUUACUUGGAGGUCAGGGAUCUUCAGUACAGUGUGGUAGCACUUGUAUUCCUUUCACUGCUCUUAGAAAAGCAAUGUUAGUGCUCGGAAGAAAUGUUACGACGCCAAGCGAUAUACGUUCCCAAUUAUUGUCAUACUCGCCUGGAGUGUUGCCAGAUUCCAUGAGAAAAUUACCUGAACUUCUUAGAUGGGCCAAGCAUCGCAACUGUAGUGAUCCUCGUGAUAAGAUAUAUGGGAUAUUAGGCUUAGUCUCGCCUUCAAUUGCUGACGGAAUUGUAUGUGACUAUUCUAUUCCUGUGGCAGAAGUAUAUAAGAGUGCGGUGCUCAGUCAUGUCACUGUCACAAAGCGGUUGCAUCUACUACAACACUGUCAGUUGAUCCAAAGAUUUGAAGACGGACCAUCUUGGGUUCCAAACUGGUCUUUCAAAGAUAAAAGUAUUAUGAUAGGUAUUGUCCUAGGAAGAUAUGCAGCAGGCUCUUCUUCUGCAGUGACACGGUAUCAAGCACCAAACACUUUAGAAGUCACAGGUGUUUAUUUCACAAAAGUAACUUCAGUGAAAACCAAAUCUUCUGGUAAUUCAAGGGAAACUUUUCAAGCAAUUCGUAAAUGGGAACCUGAAGGCCUCGGCUCUAGAGACUAUGUCGCAGGUGGCCCUCUACUCGAUGCAUUUCUCCAAACUAUUUAUCAAGGUCGUACUAAGGAGAGGUACCCUGGACUUCGUAUUCCACCUUCCUGGGAGCUUCGGCGAAGCUAUUUAGAAUCUGUCGAUAAAGAUAACCAGAAUCAAGAUGCGAUAUUAAGUUAUGUCUAUGGACUAAAUUUUGGUCCGAGGGCAUUCAUCACAACCGAAGAGGGAUAUAUGGGAAUAGGGCCGCUUGGAGUUGAGGAAGGUGACUAUGUUUGUGUACUACUGGGGACCGAACUUCCUAUCGUUCUACGUCCAACAACAUCUGGAGAAUUUUUAAUUGUAGGGUCCUAUUUUAUACACGGUUUGAUGGAUGGAGAAGCUCUGCUUGGUCCCAUACCAAGUCUAUGGAAAACCGAACUGUACCGAAGGAAAGAUUCAGGGUACUCAACUCACUUUGUCAAACCGAACGAAAAAACGCUCGAUGACCCACGUCUCCCACCUCUACCCUUUGAAUGGGUAGAAGUUAAUAGAGAUGACGGUCCAUGGCCUAUCGGUAAAUAUCAUUUCAGAAAUACUGUGACUGGAGAGUCGAUGGAUUCUGAUCCCAGGAUGCUUCCAGAUGCAUUGGUGAAGAGAGGCGUGAAUUUGCAGAAAUUCAGGCUCAUCUAAUUUUUCUAGAAAGAAAGGUUUCAGCUAAGGAAAGAAUGAGUGCCAAGGGCGCGUUUCAUUUACUCCUCACAUGUUCCAUUUCUCCUAGUUUCCAUACCUAAUGGCGUAUGAUCUGUUUUUAACCUAUCAUAUCGUAUAUAGAGCCACUGUAGAGUGGCUAGCAUUUACCCCGCAGAAGCUACUGGUUUUUGAGAGAAGUGAAUCAGCUCGUUUAAUGCA